AAAACAAAGCGGUAGCUACUGCUGCUUUAUCAAGUGAUGAUAUCGGAGCUAAAUUUACGGUGACCAUGUCUGCUCCAGAGCCCGUCCGGUUGGGCCGGAAACGACCGCUGCCGCCGUGUCCGAACCCGCUGUUCCUGAAGUGGCUGACUGAGCUGCGAGACGAGGCGAAGGAGAAGGGACUGAAGAUCCAGUUCACCUACCAGAAGGCCAUCAACUCUUUGAACAAAUAUCCUCUGCCGCUACAAAACGCCAAAGAGGCCAAAAUCCUGCAAAACUUUGGAGACGGAAUCUGCAAAAUACUGGACGAAAAACUCCAGCGUCACCUGAGAGACAACGGUCCAGAUGCCCCUAUUCAUUCAAUCCCUACAGCAGCGCCCCCCGCUGGCAGACCAGACCACAGCAGCAGUAGCAGCAGCAGUUUGGCUCCUUCCAGAAAGAAGAAAUCUGCAGGGAGUCAUGGGAAGGACAGAGGAGGAGGAGGGAGGAAGACAAGGGAGUAUGUUCCUCAGAAGAGGUCGGGAGGUCACGCUGUACUCCUCACUCUUUACAGACACUCACAGGUCCCCGGGAGCAAAGGUUUCAUGUUUAAGCUGGAGCUCCAGGCUGAAGCUCAACUUCUCUGCGAUAAGUCCUUCAGUGUCCCCGACGUGGGCAGCAAAUACACGGCGUGGUCUUCAGUCAGCACGCUGAUCCAGAAGAACCUGCUCACCAAGAGCCACAAUCCGGCCAGGUAUUCUCUGACCGAGGAGGGCGCGGCUUUGGCCGAGCGGCUGGAGGCGGCAGAGCCGGCAUCUGGAGGUAAAGAGAGGUCAGAGGUCAGGAGCGAGGAGGAGGAGCAGGCUGUUGUGGAUCUGACUGGCAGUGAUGAAGAUGACAGUGAAGAGAAGGACAGAGCAGGUCCAUCAGAGACAAGGAGCGAGAGAACAACCCGCGACGUCCUGCGACCGCAGAACUACGAGAUCCUUCUGUGCGUCGACGUCAUUGAAACCACGGGUGGCAGCGGUCAGCGGAAACAGGAGCUCGUCAAAGAGCUUCAGAGGAACGGCGUCAGCUUCGACGUCAGGAAGCUCAACGUGGGCGACUUCCUGUGGGUGGCCCGAGAGAAGGUCACGCCCCUUCCAGGUCAGCUGCGAGCGCCGGCCGGCAGAGAGCUGGUCCUGGAUUACAUCAUCGAGAGGAAGAGGAUGGACGACCUGUGCGGCAGCAUCAUCGACGGACGCUUCAGGGAGCAGAAGUUCCGGCUGAAGCGCUGCGGCCUCCGUCGACCCGUCUACCUGGUGGAGGAAUGUGGAACUGCAGCGUCGCACCUGAGUUUACCUGAAGCGACGCUGCAGCAGGCCAUCGUCAACACACAGGUGGUUGACGGCUUCUUUGUGAAGAGAGUCCAGGACGUGAGAGAGUCGGCCGCCUACCUCACCAUCAUGACCCGAUACCUGACCAAACUCUACCAGAACCGCACACUGACGUGUCACACCAGACAGUCGGAGGCCGACGGAGGCCAUCACCAUGACGACAGCGACAACACAGAGUUCCCCUCCUGCUCUCUCAUGUCUUUUAUGGAGUUUAACCACGGCGCCGUCAAAAAUAAGUGUCAGACGGUGAGAGAAGUGUUUGCCAGACAGUUGAUGCAGAUCAGCGGUUUGUCUGGAGACAAAGCAGCUGCAGUACUGGACAAAUACAACAGUCCACACAGUCUGCUGACGGCGUACGAACAGUGUGGGAGUGAAGCAGAGAAGGAGAAACUCCUCUCUUCUGUCAGAUACGGAAAACUACAAAGGAACCUGGGUCCAGCUCUGAGCAGAACAGUGUAUCAGCUCUACUGUACACAGGGGGCGCUGUCAUAAACACACACACAUUUACCUUGUGUACUUUAAAUGUAAAAAAAAAAACUGCUGCUAAACUUUCAUUUUACAAAUAUUCCUGAGAAUGUCCUGAUACUGGAUCAAUAAAGUUUAUUAUUUUGAAUAAUA